GAGCAAAGAAGGAGAUGAAAUUCGAAUGCACCACAUGUGGAAAGCACGAUGACCAACCAGGCACAGCUUCAAUGAGCACCAGCGGCUGCACACCGGAGAAAAGCCGUACAAGUGCAGCCAGUGCGACGCCAGUUUCACGAUCCAGACGAACCUGCGGACGCACAUGCGCAAGCACAGCGGCGAGAAGCCGUUUGUCUGCGAGUCGUGCGGCCAGUGCUUCCGCAACCGCUCCACGCUCACCGUGCACCGGCGGCGGCACACGCAGGAGCGUCCCUACGCCUGCACGGUGUGCGGAGCGCGCUUCCGGCAGAGCGACUCCUGCAAGACGCACAUGCGUAUCCACACUGGAGAGAAGCCGUUUGAGUGCAACGUCUGCGGAAAGACGUUCGCGAACCGCGGAAAUCUACCGAGCCACAUGCGCCUGCACACGGGGGAGCGCUUGUUCCAGUGCGAAUACUGCGGGAAGAAGUUCACCCUCAAGGGCACCAUGCAGAAGCACGUCAACUCCAUUCACAAUCCACAGAACGUCGUUAAGCCAAGCAGCAGCUCCUUGGGGCGCCGCCUGGUCAAGGUGGAGACCGUGCAGGAGGAGUACUGCGGCGUCACCACCAGCACGCUGGCGGGCGGCUGCUUCGAAUGCAGCGCAUGCGCGUUGCAGUUUUCGCGCCAGACGGAGUUCGUGGUGCACAUGGCCGGUCACAACGGCCUCGAGGUGCUGUCCUGCACCGUGUGCAAGAAGCUGUGCGUGGGACAGGAGGCACUGGAGCGCCACACGAAGGCGCACAAGCACGUGUGCGAGAUCUGCGGAAAGAACUUCACGUCGUCAAACAACUUGACCCAGCACAUGAACCUGCACCUGGACGUGCGGCCCUACAAGUGCCAGUACUGCGAUGUGGCUUUCCACCGCAACAACUCGCUGUGGUCGCACAUCAAGGCGCGCCACAAUUACGGCUUGCCGGCCUACCAGUGCACGCAUUGCAACAAGCGCUUCGCCACUCCGUCGCAGCUCACCCACCACCUGCGCUACCACACGGGGGAGCGCUUCCACGCGUGCGAGCUCUGCGGCCGCAUGUUCGUCAACCGCAGCGGCCUGCAGCGGCACACGUGCGGCAAGCCGGUGGCCGCGCGCCGGAAGAGGGGGCCGCUCGAGGAGGGGGAGGGGGACCAGCUCCUGGCGGAGAACGGAGAGGGAGCCUCGGUGCCGAACCCACGGCCGAAACGGCAACAGAGAAGGCGUUCGAAAGCUUUGCUGGUCCAGGAGAUUGCCCAGCUGGAAGAGGAGGAGCAGCAGCAGCAGCGGAUUGUCCAGGAGCUUGUAGCUCAUCAGGUUGACCAUCCGCACAUAGUUCAGUUGCAGCACAUUGAGCACCGGCAGCAGGUUGCGGAGCAGCAUAUAGUUGAGGGACAGCAAAUAAUCCAUACCGAGAUUUACCAACAGCACAUAGCUCAGCAGCAGCAACUUGUUGAGCAGCAGGUUGCCGAGCAGCUACUCAGCGAACAGGAGCAGCAAAUCCACCAACAGCAGCAGAUGGCACAGCAGGAAUACGGCGAUCAGGAGCAGCACAUUUACGAGGAGGACAUUGAUCAGGAGCAUCAGUUUGAGGGACAGGAGAUGGCCGAGCGGCAGCAGCAGCAGCAUAUUACGCAGCACUAUAUCGUGCAGGAGCAGGUCGCCCACGUGCAGGUGCAGCAGGAGCAGCUGAGCGAGCAGCAGGAGCAGCUGAGCGAGCAGCACUUGCUGCUGCAGCCGGGGCUGGACGUGCGGCCGCUGCGUCAGCAGACUGUGCUCAUCCUGCGCACAUCGCGAUUCCCCAUGGAUGACGCGGCGCAGCAACGUGCAGGGCCGCCGCCAUGGCUAUGGCGGCUGGGAACAUGGUGGCCAUCGAGGCGAUGGGGGAGGAGGGGGAAGUGGCACAGGAGGACGUGGAGAUCGAGGCUGCCAUGCAGCAGGUGGUCGCCGUGGAGACGGAGGGGACCUUGCAGCAGGUGGUCGCCGUGGAGACGGAGACCACCAUGCAGCAGAUGGUCGCCGUGGAGACGGAGGGGACCUUGCAGCAGGUGGUCGCCGUGGAGACGGAGACCACCAUGCAGCAGGUGGUCGCCGUGGAGGUAGAGAUCGAUGGUUCGGAGGGGGCGACGCGCGGCGACUGCUGAUGAGAGCCGAGCACAGGAGAGGCGGGAGGAUCGCCGGGUGCUCGCACAAAGCUUGGCACGUUUCACCCGUGGGUUUUCACGUUUCGGGGAUUGGUGGCCUUUUUAAAUUAAAUAUGGUGGGUCACUUAAAAAUGUUUCCGCUUUGUGCUCGACUUGGCGGAUGUGACAUUUCAUAAGACACGC